GCUUGAGCCUUUGCCUGUGUCGCUUUUUCUUCCUGAAAGCCAAUCAGGGAUAAUGGUUAGCAGUUGUUUUUUCCCCCAGCAUGCUUAGCAGGGUGGUUUGAAUGGCGCAGCCUUCUGUCAGGAAAAAGUGUCGGGAGCAAGGAAACUAACCUCUACUGGAUUCGCUAUUGGAUAAUUACCCCCUAGCCCCGUGGUGGGGCCAUGAACCGAUUUUUUUGGGAUUAUGGCAUCAGGAGCCAGUGAUUCUAAGAAACGGGACCUGGAAGAAGGCAGUGGCAAUGACUUUCCAAGGAAAAGAAUCUCUCCUUCAGCCAAGCAGAACAUGAAGGAGGGCAAAAAAUUGUCUUCAGAAGAGUUGGUUUGUGUUGGAAACAGCGCUAGAACACUGGUUGUGGCGCCUUCAAUCAGCAGUCAAAAGCUGUUUAACGUGAUCUAUUGCAAGAGAAAAGCCAGACAGCACACAGAAAGUCCUACGUAUAGAAAGAAGCACCUCCCCAAAGGCUGGGGCAGUGACAUGGCAAAUAAGGAAAACGAGCUGGCAGCAGGAAACCUGCAGAACGAGCAUCACACUGUGCUGAAUUCUAGUGACUCCAGUUCUUCUCAGACAGAGGGACCCUCCUCAAAAUAUAGUGGUUUCUUCUCCGAGGUUUCCAAAGAUCAUGAAACAAUGGCCCAAGUCCUAUUCAGCAGGAAUCUUCGGCUUAAUGUAGCACUCACUUUUUGGAGGAAGCGCAGUGUGAAUGAGCUAGUAGCAUACUUAGUCAGAAUGCAAGACUUGGGGGUUGUAGCGGAUUGUCUGCCAGUCCUAACAAACAGAUUACAAGAAGAUAAUGCUUCGGUCUCAGCUGGCUGCUGUGUGGAUCUCUUACCACUGGUUAAAUCGCUGCUUAAAAGCAAAUAUGAAGAAUAUGUAAUAGUUGGUCUAAAUUGGCUGCAGGCUAUUGUAAAGAGGUGGUGGACGCAGUUAAUCUCAAACUCAGACAAUUCAUCAGAUGAAAAUCUUCUCAUCCUAAAACACCAGAUGACUGGAAUCUGGAAGCAGGAAAGCCAUCUUACAUCAUUUCCUGGUUAUACUGGCAAAAUAGCAAAGGAUUUGGAUGGCUAUUUGGUGCAGCUCCGCUGAUAUGAUUCUUCAAUACUAUUUAAUUUAAUACAUAAGAAAACGUACUGUUUUUGCAGCAUAUGCUUUUGAAGCCUGUAAUGGGCCCUCUUUCACAAGAACCAUGUAAGAAAACCACUAAAGCAUCAAGGAGGAUGUUAUUUUCACAGGUCGGUAAUGAAUCCACAAAGUUGACUACCUGCUUCAUAUUGAAGUAGUGAUACCUUCAUAGCUGAUCUACCUGAAACUCCUGAACUUAGAAGGCUAGUCGCUUCUUCCUCCGAGGACAGCAGGAACAUGUCCUAUUACAUUUUCACUGGGAUUACAUUCUGUAGAUAGCUAUUUUCAGAGCAAAAUGCACUUCCAAAUGCCUAGGAGUCCUUACAGAACUCUGUGCCUCCAACUUGAUGGUACAUUUUAACAUGGGAACUGGACAUUGUGGCUAUUUCCUAAUUGUGUUAUAUUAUUUGAAGCAUAAUAUUAAAGGCAUUUUUGCAAUAGAA